AUGGAUGCCAUGCUGAGCACGCCUGUGCAAGUGGAAGACACAGAUUCAGAUGAUUUUGAAGAGGAUCUUCUCGUUUAUGAGCUGAGGAAUGGCCUUCAGCGUGAAGAACGACAUUUUAUAGCUCAGGCAAGGAGAUAUUACAGCCUCACUCAGAUUGAGCAAGAUAAAUUCGAGGCUUUGGGGGAGGAUAUAUCUGGAAUUGGAUUUAGAGUGUUUUUGGAAGAACUCAUCUACUUCUUUAGUUUACCACGCUGUCGGGCUCGACGUCGUUUCGAGGAAGAGACUAAACUUCUUGUGAAAGAAGCGUGCACGAUCAUGGCGUAUCCCGUCAUAUCAUACAUGAACAUGAUGAACAAUUCUCAGAAUAGCGACCUGCAGGUACAUAAAGCAGUGCUUGAAUUGCUUAUUGCAGGAUACCUUGAUCGUAUGACAGUACCGAAAUUUCGACGCAAGCUUCGGCAAAUCCAUUCUGAAGCAGUUAAACAAGCAGUUGAAGAAGCAUAUGAGGAAGAAGCAGAUGAGGAAGAAGCAUAUGAGGAAGAAGCAGAUGAGGAAGAAGCAGAUGAGGAAGAAGCAGAUGAGGAAGAAGCAUAUGAGGAAGAAGCAUAUGAGGAAGAAGCAGAUGAGGAAGAAGCAUAUGAGGAAGAAGCAGAUGAGGAAGAAGCAGAUGAGGAAGAAGCAGUUGAAGAAGAAGCAGAUCCGGUUAUCGAGCAAGGAGAGGCUAACCGUGGUCCACAGCCUGACAGCCAAGCUCCAGUUUCAGAGCAUGGAUCAGUGGAUGACAGUGUGCCUCAGCCAGAACCUGGAGAUGCCAGUGACAGCCAGGGUCAACAAGAUGUAAAUAGCAAGCAAGAACAGGCUCCACAACAAGUGCUAAAGUUGCGUGAUGGAGGACAAGUACUGGGACUGGCUUCCAGUUCCUUAGGACCCAGUACUAACCUUGGUCUACAGCCAGACCAGCCAGCUGUUGACAAGGGUCUAUCAGUUGCAGGAGCCACCUAUGGGGCAGAUGUGAAUAGCAAGCAAGAAGAGGCUUCGCAAGAAGUGAAAGGAUCGAAGAAGAACAACAACAAGAAGAAGAACAAGAAGAAGAACAAGAAGAAGAACAAGAAGAAGAACAAGAACAAGGAGAUGUGUGAUGGAGGACAAGUGCCGGGACAGGCUUCCAGUUCCUUAGAACCCUGUAGUAACCUUGGUCCACAGCCGAACCCUCUGGCUGAGCCAAGAUCUGGAGCAGUUGCAUCAACCACCCAUGGGACACUCCUGGCAGGUGAAUCAGGAGCAGAACAGUGCAGUGACCGCUCACCAAAAAGGAGCAAGGCAGUGGUCAAGGAGAAACCAUUCCCUCCAGGCUCCAAGCAAAGGUUGCCUCUGCCCGAAAAGUCUUAUCAGGACUACUGCAAAUUGACCGAGAUCGCAUGGAAGAAGCGUAAGCACGGCAGGGCGCUUGGUAUGGCACAGCUGGCUAUCAAACGCCACAGUAAGUUAACAAAAAGUGAUGCACCUGUGUAUUAAAGAUCUGAUGUUCAUUGUAUCAAAUGUAUGUUUCAUUUUCAUUCUUUUUGCUACCCUUCUGUCUCUUACUCUUUCUAUCUCUCUAUUUCUCAUAAUCUCCAUCGUCAUCACAUGGUAUCUUUCUCUGUGUUUCUUUCUGUAUCUCUCUCAUUUUGCAACCUCAGUCCUAUCUCCAUGGUCCUCUCUUUCUCUUCCAUUAUUCCUA